CCAUUUGCUGUUCAAAUUACCCAGUGCCUUCGCCAGUGAACAUCCAGGACCCGUCACAUUCUCAAGGUCAGAACAGAGGUGAUGCGUAUAUUCAGCUACUGGUCGAGUUACCAAUAUUGACUGGGAUCUGUGUCGUGGUAACUUGAUGAGCGGUGCUAGAUUAGCUAGCUUGGCUACUCUCCGGAGCGUCGCCGCCAACUUGACAAUGGAGUUCCCCUCUCUGGUCGGUUUGAGCCUGCCCAUUUCUUGCAGUUUCGCAGAGUCAGUUCCUUCGCCAAGAAGAACAACUGAAUUGAAAUUCACCGAAAACGAUGCAAAUCCGAUCAGAGAUUUUGGUAAAAUAGCAGAGACUGUUAAGGUUGUGGUCGACGUCGUUGAAUGGAGUUUUGGAUGCUUCCCGGACCGUUCUUAUUUUUACACCUUCAACAACUUCUUGAAGCCUUUUCACCUGCUUCUUCAUCAAAAGUACCCUGGUAACGACAUCCUGCCCAAUUGAAAGAAUGCUCUCUACGCUCGAAGAAUCCUGACAAUUCCAUUUUGCCAAAUAUUCAAUGUGCCGAUUUUCCGAAUACACUCAGCCCGUCCCUGCUACUGCAUUUCUUUUCCCUCGAUGAAAAGGUCUUUAAUUACUCUUGCUCUGGGUCAUGGACAAAGCUUCAAGUUUUAACCAAACAUCUCAAUAUGAAUCCUCGA